CAGUGUUUCCGGCUCUUCUCAGUCGCAGACGCUCGUAACUUUUCGGCACUUUCCGGGGAGACUCGGGGGCUCCGCGCCUCGCUCACUCUGUUCCGAUCGCCUGGCGCGGCCGGGCAGGGUCUCGGGCUAGUCAUGGCGUCCCCGUCUCGGAGGCUGCAGACCAAACCGGUCAUCACUUGUUUCAAGAGCGUUCUCUUGAUCUACACAUUCAUCUUCUGGAUCACUGGUGUUAUCCUUCUUGCUGUUGGCAUUUGGGGCAAGGUGAGCCUAGAGAAUUAUUUUUCCCUUUUAAAUGAGAAGGCCACCAAUGUCCCCUUCGUGCUCAUUGGCACUGGCACUGUCAUUAUUCUUUUGGGCACCUUCGGCUGUUUUGCUACCUGCCGAGCUUCUGCAUGGAUGCUAAAACUGUAUGCAAUGUUUCUGACUCUCAUUUUUUUGGUUGAACUGGUCGCUGCCAUCGUAGGAUUUGUUUUCAGACAUGAGAUUAAGAACAGCUUUAAGAAUAAUUAUGACAAAGCUUUAAAGCAAUAUAACGCUACGGGAGAUUAUAGAAGCGAUGCAGUAGACAAGAUCCAAAAUACGUUGCAUUGUUGUGGUGUCACCGACUAUAGAGAUUGGGAAGAUACUAAUUAUUACUCAGAAAAAGGAUUUCCCAAGAGCUGCUGUAAACUUGAAGGUUGUUCUCCUCAGAGAGAUGCAGAUAAAGUAAACAAUGAAGGUUGUUUUAUAAAGGUGAUGACCAUUAUAGAGUCAGAAAUGGGAGUUGUUGCGGGAAUUUCUUUUGGAGUUGCUUGCUUCCAGCUGAUUGGAAUCUCUCUAGCCUACUGCCUCUCUCGCGCCAUAACAAAUAACCAGUAUGAGAUAGUGUAACCAGCACAACACGGGCCUAUUCCUCUCCAACUUUAAGGAUAUUAACAUCCCCACCCCCAACCCUGUGAAUUACAAGAUCGCCUGGAUGGAAGACCGACAUUUCUUACAGAUAGAUUGAAAAACUAUACCAGUAGUCUGAUUCGAUCAAGACAUUUGCUUGAUAUGUUCGAAGUCCACCUUUUGUCUCAUUCAUGUUAGAUAGUUGAAAUCCCCAUGUCACUCUGAAACACUGGAAGAGCUUAGUAAAUUGUAAAUGAAGCAAUA